CUUUCAUGUAAACAUAACAACGUUCUCAACAACGGCGCACGACAAAACAGAGAAAGAGAGGCUCUGUUUUUGAGAUACAGACGAGAGGAAGAAGAAAGGGAGAGAUAUGAGGGAGAUUAUAAGCAUUCAUAUAGGACAGGCUGGGAUUCAGGUUGGGAAUUCUUGUUGGGAGCUUUACUGUCUUGAACAUGGCAUUCAACCUGAUGGAACGAUGCCUAGUGACACCUCUGUAGGUGUUGCACAGGAUGCCUUCAAUACCUUCUUCAGUGAGACCGGUUCUGGCAGCCAUGUGCCUAGAGCUAUAUUUCUUGAUCUGGAACCCACUGUCAUCGAUGAAGUUAGAACUGGAGCAUACAGACAACUUUUUCACCCUGAGCAGCUUAUUUCCGGCAAGGAAGAUGCUGCCAAUAACUUUGCAAGAGGACACUAUACAGUGGGGAGAGAAAUUGUUGAUCUUUGCCUUGAUCGCGUGAGAAAAUUAGCUGACAAUUGCACUGGUUUACAAGGAUUUCUGGUAUUUAGUGCCGUUGGUGGUGGCACUGGUUCUGGUUUGGGUUCUUUACUUCUGGAGCGCUUGUCAGUAGAUUAUGGAAAGAAGUCAAAACUUGGCUUCACCAUCUACCCUUCUCCUCAGGUCUCUACUGCAGUUGUGGAACCUUACAAUAGUGUGCUCUCCACUCAUGCUCUCCUUGAACACACAGAUGUUUCUGUGCUUCUGGAUAAUGAAGCUAUAUAUGAUAUUUGUAGGAGAUCCUUAGACAUUGAAAGGCCAACUUACACCAACUUGAACCGCUUAAUAUCUCAAACUAUCUCUUCUUUGACAACCUCCUUGAGAUUCGAUGGGGCCAUAAAUGUGGACAUUACAGAGUUCCAGACUAACCUUGUGCCAUAUCCUCGUAUUCAUUUCAUGCUUUCGUCUUAUGCUCCUGUAAUCUCAGCUGCAAAGGCCUACCAUGAACAGCUAUCAGUUCCUGAAAUCACUAGUUCUGUUUUUGAACCUUCAAGUAUGAUGGCCAAAUGUGAUCCAAGGCAUGGGAAGUACAUGGCUUGCUGUUUAAUGUAUCGUGGAGAUGUUGUGCCUAAGGAUGUGAAUGGUGCUGUUGCCACCAUCAAGACAAAGCGGACAGUUCAGUUUGUUGAUUGGUGUCCAACCGGUUUCAAAUGUGGUAUCAACUACCAGCCGCCAACACAAGUACCUGGGGGUGAUCUUGCUAAAGUUCAGCGUGCAGUUUGUAUGAUUAGCAACAACACAGCUGUGGCUGAGGUUUUUGCCCGAAUUGACCACAAAUUUGACCUCAUGUAUUCCAAGCGAGCAUUCGUCCAUUGGUAUGUAGGUGAAGGCAUGGAGGAAGGUGAAUUCUCAGAAGCCCGUGAAGACCUCGCUGCCCUUGAAAAAGACUACGAGGAAGUUGGGGCAGAAGGUGUUGAUGACGAAGAUGAAGGAGAAGAUUAUUAAAAGUGAGAUAUCUGGAGGUAGCCACUGCAGUUUCCCUAUCUCUCAUCAUCUCACUUUGUUAUCUAGUUGUGUGUUGUCAUAAUUCUUUUCUAUUGUAUUUGAUAUUCAAAAGCUUCUUUUCUUUUGUUGUCUGGAUUUUUAAUUAUAGUAAUAUCAGAAGUACAUUUGUGAGGCUUAAUAGUUUCCAUCCUCAGAAAUGAGUUUGAAUGUGUAAUAAAACCGCUUCAUUUUGCUGCAAUUGAAGUGUAAAUAUUAUGAUUCU